GGGGUCCGGGGGUUCUCCCCCGGGACGCUUAUGUCCCUGUUGAACAUUGGAUGGGUUGGGUUGGAUGCGAGGCUGCCUUAUCUUCCGUAUGCGUAUGUGCAGUAGAUACAAUAUGUGUAAGCCAGCUGCGGGGUAAGUAAGCGUGAGCCUUGCGGGCAUUUAUGCAGCAGGCCGUCAGACUGGAGCCUACUCUAACCCAUCCAUCAUCCCUUGUACGAGCUGGUCGAAGCUAACGACAGUCCCAAAUCCAACAGCAACAGCAACAGCAGAAAGGAUGGCUACUCCGUCCAACUUCAAAUGUCCAUGCUGCAACAAGUCCCGCUUCAAAACAGCUAAGGCACUGGGCGACCACCAAAAGGCACUGGAUCACUAUCCUGUCGCGUGUCCGACCUGCCACAAGAGGUUCUGCGAUAAGCAAGCCGUGCAGCAACACGAACAAGUGCAUCUACGAACGACAUCCAAGAAAACCGGUGCUCCCACGUCUAUACAAGGGGAUACACCCGUGAAACAACCCACAACCACUACCUCAAGCCCCAAGCAAAGCAAGCAGCAACCGAGUUCAUCUUCACCCCCCAACGCACCGACUACCAAACCACCCCCGCCGACCAUACCGAAGACAAAACACACCCCCGAAACCCUGCACCCGCUCGAACAAGACCUGCUAGUCAAAUACCUGCUCUCACGCUGCCACCCCGUCACCCGGCUCCAAGCGCAGAACUACCCAGUUCCAUCCUCGACACCACCCGACUACCACUCCACCUCUGAAGCGAACCCCGCACACCCCCGCCGAAGAGCCGUCGUCCUGACCAUUGAAACCAACGCCCACAAGGAACCCGGAGCUGAAUCCCUCACCCACCUAACCGCAACAGACUUCCUAACCAACGAGGCACUCCUCCACCUCGUCGUUGGAUCCGAGGGGGUAGAGAAGGAGGGUGUGGCGGGGGGCAAUAGCAACAUGACCUGUGGGAGCACCAACACCAGCAACAUUCCCUGGGUCGGUACCAGGACAAGCGUGGACGACUACCGCGCAGCGCGGGAUUCACUCUGGGAGGUCAUCGACGCGGAUACCGUGCUUGUGGGACACGGGUUACAUCGUGGACUGCAUGCUUUGCGGAUGGUACAUGGGCGGGUGGUGGAUGCGGGGAUCUUGACGGCUGAGGCGGUGGGUAUGGGGAGGUCGACUGUGCCGCUUCGGAGGGUGUGGGGGGUGGAGGAGCUGUGUGUGGAGGUUUUGGGGUGGGAUUGGGAGAUGUGGAGGGGUGAAGCCGGGAAGGAAGAGCCGCAAGGCAAGAAAGCGGAGCGGAGGGAAAUGGGGACGUGUGCUGGGUGGGAGGGGUGUGUCGGGGUGAGGGAGCUUGUGGUGUUUUGUUUGAGGAAUCCGGAGAGGCUGCGCUCAUGGGCUGAGAGAAAGGCUGAACAGGAUAUCCCGGGGGGAGAGAAUGCUGAUACUCUGGGCGAGAUGGGAAAGGACGACAGCACGGAGAGCAAGAACGAUACCGAAAAGGAAAAGCGAAAGAAAAACAAGAAGGACAAGAAGGACAAGAAGGACAAGAAGAACAAGAAACACAAGAACAAGAAGAACAAGAAGAACAAGACGAAGAAGAGCAAGGUGGAGAAGCAAGAAGCACAGCCAAUAACUCUCCCGAAUGCGUCCCCUCCACAAGAGCAGGAGACUAGCCCGAUGCAGGCUGAGACAGCUCCAGAGCUGCACGAGCAAGACGAGGAAGACGAAGACUCCGACGAAGGGCUGGUGAUAGUGCAGUGGCAGGAUCUAGAGUAGCAUACUAACCACUAAAUAUCCAAUCUACAUCGGCAUCCCGUGCCGACCCGGCCCCACCACUGC